AUGCCAACGCUGUAUGACUUCCAGUCCAUCAGGAAUGUCGACAUACUGAGGUUUCAGCAGGAGCUCGAACAGCGACUUAAAGGACAAGGACUAGAUGAUCUCGAGCGACAGAUCGCCAAAAGACCACCAUACGCCGCCGAUCCAGUGGAUCUUGCACGCAUGGGACAAGAUAUCAUCAAGGCGAUUUACGAAGGCACAGACCCCCAACCAAGACUAGUGUACCAAUUGCCCCCUCAUACCCUGAAACUCGGCCUUUGCCAUCGAGAAUUGCAACGGUUGAUAGGUGUGCGGUAUAUUAAGGAGAAUGUUUAUUCUCACAAGAAGUGCGACCCAUCCAUCGACUGGCCUGCUGGGUUGCAACCGGAAGAGCCGGACAGAAUACCAGCCGACGAUACGGGACCGUUUUGCGAGCUUUGCAAUGAGAACCAAUGUGGCUGCAUUGGCUCCUGUUACGAUAGCGCGACGGGAGACGUUCGGAUCAUUUUCUACGGUGACAAGGGGUUCGGCCUCGAGGCCGUCUUGAAAGCCGCCGCCACAGCUGUCAAUUGUGUAUCCAGGAUUGCCUUUUGCAAAGGCGAUAUGAUCGGCGAGCUCGUGGGCACCCUGGUCCCACCGGACACUUGCCAAGAUUCCAGGGCAAUGGAGCUCGUCCGGGGCGAUUUGCCGGAGGAGCCUACUGUAGGCCAGAUUUUUAGUGGGCAAGCGACGAGCAUUUUCUAUUUUGUGAAUCACCAAUGCAAACAUCCCAAUACGGCUUUUGAAUGGAAGCGGAUUUCGGGGAGGUAUCGCUGCCAGAUUGUUGCUUUGAGGGAUAUUGAGGGUGGAGAGGAGUUGACUGUGUUUUGCGGGAACGAUUUUAUGGACAAGGAUAAGUGUUUGUGCGCCGAUUGUAUUUAA